GAAGACAGAAAAGGAAAAAGCGCAGAAUCAGAACAAUGAAUGCUGUGAAUGUUGUGGAGCUGAUCAUUGUGGUUUGGAGCUUCUCCGCUGUCUGUCAAGAUUCUGAUGAUGAUAUCAGUGUAAGCUGUUAUGAUGUGACUGGAUCUGUGGGGAAAGAAGUAACUCUCACCUGCAGCAUCUCUCUGAAGAUCACUGAAUGCUGCAUUGCAAAGUAUAAGUUUCAAUACACUGAGUCCUAUAAAGGCUCUUCAGUCUGUCAAGAUGUUUCUGUGAACUCCUGUGAACAGAGAAACAGUUUCACAUGCCGCUACACUCCAACUACAGUGAUGACAGAACAAUUCAGAUUCUUUGUGCAAACAACAUGUGGAGCGAAACCAUCAAAAUUCGCUGUGAACAUAACAGAACCCAUAGUACGUGAAAUUGACACUGAAACUCUUGGACAGAAAGAAGAACCUGUCUGGGACAUAUCAGAAACAAAUGAACAGAAGAAACCAGAAGGUCGUGGAUUUAAGAUUGCCGUCAUCGCUGCUGUUAUAAGCAGUUUUAUCAUCAUCAUAAUGCCAAUCAUUUACAGACUGACACAAAAAUACACCAACCGGAACAGGACUCUUCUGAGUGUCAGACAAGAAGAAGAUGACAGCAAUCGCCCAGAAAAAGAAAAUGAAAAUAUGAUAUAAUAGCAGUACCAAACUAAUUUGUUUAACUUAUCAUACAGUGCUCCUAAAAGACACAAGCUUUAUUGGUGCUCCAGCAAACUUCUCUACUAUCUGUUAAAAUAUGAACUACUCAACUAUAACUCAGAUUGUAAAACUUGGUUUCAGUUUUAUAUUAAUUUCUGUGAAAUAAUAUAUAUAUAUAUCUGUUUGAUCAGUUUAUUUAUAGUUAUUUUUCUGCACAUGCAAUUUCCUAAUAGUGUGAACAGUGAUGUUUUGUACAGUGUGUUUUGCUGAUUUUACAAGUAAGGAACUCAAUAAAGACUUGUGAUAGGCUCCUCUCUAAAGAUGAAUAUCUGGAACAUGUUUUUAUCACAGGUCAGAGCAGGAUACUGGAUGAAAAAUAGCUGCACAGAGCUUAUCUGUGCCUUUAGUUACUCAAGGAGAUUCUCUAGCUCUUGAUAUUCGUUUU